AUGAAGGAUUGCAUGGACGAGAUUACAGGGGCUCUGAUUGACGCUGAUUUUGCUGAAAUGGUCGUGGAUAAUAUAAAGGGGAAAAUCCAAGAGACUAUCCCGUCCGCGUCCAAUGAUUCCGACAAGGGCAGGCUAAUGUACGAGACUUUCUUCAAUGAGCUCUGUCGUAAUCUUGAUCCGAGAAAAUCUGCUAUCAUUGAGGAAAAGCGUAAAAUAAACAUAGUCAUGUUCGUAGGGUUAAGAGGCUCUGGAAAGAGCGACACGUGUGCCAAAUAUGCUCGUCACCACCUGAAGAUGGGAUACAAGCCAGAUUUGGUGUGUGCUGAAACCUACAGUGAGGAUGCUUUUAAGAGCCUACAGAAGACCGCGGGAGAGUAUGUCCCAGUCUACGGAAGCCACAAGGAAGAUCCUGCAGAAAUUGCCAAAGAUGGAAUUGCAUCGUUAGUGAGAUGGAAGCGUGAUUUUAUAGUUGUUGACACCAGUGACAGUGAGCCGCAUGAAAAGUGGUCUAGCCUGUUUGUAGAGAUGAGGAAAUUAGCAUUAGCAGUGAAACCAAAUCUUGUCAUACUCGUCAUUGAUGGCAGCAUUGGUCGAGUUGCAUUAAAUCAAGCUCGCGCAUUCAACAAAAUUUUCACUAAUAGAGGAGUUGUCAUUGUUACUAAUAUUAAGGGAAACUUAAAGUCUGUUGCUGCUCUCGCCGUUGUUGCAGCAGUAGGGUGUCCCCUGAUAUUAGCUGAAUCUGGAGAGUUUGAACCAUAUGAAGCAAAAGCUUUUGUCAGGUGUCUCUUGGAAAACCCAUGGUUAUCUCCAGCUAAUCAACAUGUGGAUAAAACCUAUAAGUAUACCCUGAGAGAUAUGUAUGAGUUUUAUAAGGAUGAAUUUCGGUUGGGGACAAAGCCAAGUCAAAACCGCAACGUGAUCGAGCGGUACCUGACAAUAAUGGAGUCCAUGAUGGAGGAAGAGCUUGAUAAACCAAACGAAAUCAGCAACGUCCAAGUGUUGGAGAUAGCUGCACGAUCCAAUGUAGAUGCAAAAGAUGUUGUGAAAUGCAUGGCAACUUACAUAAUGUGGGGUGGGCUGUUUGGGAUGCGCAAAGAAUCUAGUAUAAACAGUGCGAGUGUUUGA